CUUGCUGCGUUAGGUCAGAGUUUUAGAACUUGUUUGGGAAGUUGUGAUUUUUAAAGGAUUUCGAUUCUAUCUCCGAGCGAAAUCCUCUCGGUAAUGUUAGCGGUGGGGCAGAUGGACGGGUCUCGUCAGAGCGCUUUCCUCCUCAGUACCCCGCCACUAGCUGCUCUACAUAGUAUGACCGAAAUGAAGACGCCUCUCUAUCCAGCUUACCCGCUGUCUUCCGGCGGGCCUGCGUCGUCCACUUCUCCGACAGCUACCUCUCCAAAUCCUGGUGGUAUUCCUGUAUCCUCUCCAGGAAUUAAAACAUCAUCUGGACUUUCAUCCAUCGCAUCGCAUCACCACCAUCAUCAUCAUAAUUGUUCGGCUGCCACCCCGCACGGAAUAAACGAUAUACUGAGCCGCCCCUCGCUCCUCGCCGCUAAUGCUGCGGCCGCCGUGGCUGCAUCCUCGUCUGCUGGAAUUCUGUCCGGACUGCCCCGCUUCAGCAGCCUGAGUCCUCCACCUCCGCACGGCCUGUAUUUCAGCCCAGGCGCCGCGGCAGUGGCUGUAGCUCGUUACCCGAAGCCUUUGACAGAUCUCCCUGGGAGGACACCGAUCUUUUGGCCCGGAGUCAUGCAAAGCCCUCACUGGAGAGACGCCAGGUUCGCCUGCUCACCUCAUCCGAAUUCCGUUCUGUUGGAUAAAGAUGGCAAGAGGAAGCAUACACGUCCCACGUUUUCAGGACAGCAGAUAUUCGCCCUGGAAAAGACUUUUGAGCAAACAAAAUACCUAGCAGGACCAGAGAGAGCACGCCUGGCCUACUCUUUGGGAAUGACAGAGAGCCAAGUCAAGGUAUGGUUCCAGAAUCGCAGGACAAAGUGGAGGAAAAAGCAUGCUGCAGAGAUGGCUUCUGCCAAGAAGAAGCAAGACUCGGAGACAGAGAGGCUGAAAGGUGCCUCAGAGAACGAAGAUGACGAUGACGACUACAACAAACCUUUAGAUCCCAACUCAGACGACGAGAAAAUAACGCAGCUACUGAAAAAACACAAACCAAACUCUGCCCUCCUUAUCCACACCUCGGAGAACGAGAGUUCUUAGAGGGUGAAGAUGCCGCAGUUUAGUCUCUCUUUUUUUUUAAAAGAAAAAAAAAUGAGGAUUUGAGUGAUGCACUGAUUUGAGUAGGGUCCCAUUUUACACCACGUAUAAAAAUCCAUUUGCACAUGGGAAGGAGACCGGCUCAAAGGAAUAUGCAUUGUUUUUAUGCUGAGGAGUGUGGGUUGCACUCUGAAUACGAUGUUGUACAGACGUUUCAACGCGAAGAAGACACUUGUUCUUGUAAAUACCAACGUGAGUUGUACUGAAUAGAAAUUAUAUUACUGUGAAUAUUUAUGUGUAAAAUACCAUUUUUGUACAGGACACAUCUGAGUCUAUUCAUCUCUGCCAUUUAAAAUACGUUUUGAAAUUCGGAAUUUGUAUUAAUGUUCUUUUUUUCCUUCUAAGAGGGUUUUUAAAGACAUUGUCCACCUUUUAAAAUAAUACCCUCAACAAAAAUAACAGAUUGGGAAAACCGGCGAUUGUUCACUUUAUUAAUUUUCAACUGACUAGUUUGCAGAAGGCCACGAGUUCCACGUGUAAAUAGAUGAGAAACGACGUGUAACAAUUCAAAUAUAUUUGUAAUAUAAAUGCAUUCGUCGCCCACUGUUAUGAGGUUUUCUUUUCAUUCAUGAUCCAACACUUAAUUUAUAUAAUAUUUUCAGUUUGUAACAGUGUUAAGAUC